AUGACGCCGUCGCACGCAGCCCCGUCCGGCGCCGUGGCGGCGCCCUCCGCGUCCGGCGGCGGGCGGAGGCCCGCGACCUUCGCGGGGGCGAGCGUGUUCCUGUCGCGGAACCUGGUGGCCCCCGAGGUGUACGACGCCGUGCACGACGCGCUCCGCCUUAACGGCGCCGAGGUCCUCCUCUGCGCCGACCCCGGCCGGACGGGGCCGCUCGACUUCCACGUCAUCUCCUCCUCCUCCCACGAGAGGUUCGCGGAUCUGAGAGCCAAAGGCUGCAAUUUGCUUGGACCACAGUGCAUUCUUUCCUGUGCAAAGGAACAUCACUUCCUACCUAAGCAAGGUUAUACUUGUUGUCUUGCAAUGGAUGGGGUUAAGAUACUUUGCUCAGGGUUUGAAAAAGAUGAGAAGGCAAAGAUUGAACAAUUAGUGACAGCUAUGGGAGGUAUUUUGCAAAAUAAAGGGUACAUGGAUGCAAACUUUGUAAUUGCAAAGGAUGUAUUGGCUGCCAAAUACAAAUGGGCUUUGAAUACUCUGAAGAAGCCUAUUGUCAGCAUGAGCUGGUUAGAGCAAUGCUGGAUUGAACAUCGUGUUGUACCUCAUGAACCUUACAGGAUACCUCCCUUUUCUGGGUUGAAUAUUUGCAUCACCAAACUGAAUGUAGAUGAGCGGAGGGAGUUGGCAAAAAUAAUAGUGCAGAAUGGCGGGCAGUAUUCAGCAAAUCUUACACGGCGGUGCACUCAUUUAGUUGCAAAUGAACCUGGAGGUGACAAGUAUGUUGUGGCCCAAAAAUGGGGUAAUAUCCACAUAGUAGAUCCCAAAUGGAUUUACCAAUCUGUUGCUCGAAAAGCUUACCUUGAUGAAAGUACAUAUCUUGUUUGCCAGAAUUCCACUAAUUUUAAUGCCGUAAAAUGUUCCCUUAAGGAGCAACACAACCCAGAGAUCAGUACUGCAAGUUUUCAGCCUGUUCCAACAACAUCAAUAGAUGAUUCAGUAUCAACAUCACAUUAUGUGUCUGCUUUGUUUGGUGAUGCUUCAAAGAUCUGCAGUACUGAUAUUGAUGCACCUAGUUUCCAAGAGACAAAUGAAAUACAGGUUGAUAGCCAUGUUGCUGAGGACUCAGAGGCAGAAGAUGAUGACCUUUAUCUAUCGAAUUGUAGAAUUUCUCUGGUGGGUUUUGAGGAGAAAGAAUUGUCAAGAUUAGUUAUGAUGAUACGCAAUGGUGGUGGCUCCCGGCAUGUUAUGCUAAGUGAGAGACUCACACAUAUUGUUCUAGGCGCACCAUCAGAGGAAGAAAAAAAGGAGGUGAGGCGUCUGGCUGCUUGGGGUGUAAUCAAUGUGGUAAAAGCAACAUGGUUAGAAGAUUGCAACAAAGCAAAAAAGGAGGUCAAAGUAUCCCCAACUCAUGUGGCUACUGAGGUACUAUCAAAAGAAUUUUCAUGCGUGGUUAUGGAAAAAUCUGUUGACACACGUGAAAUAAAGGCAGCCAAAAACUCAGGUGGAAUUUUUCAUAUUCCAACGGCCAUUGACUUGCAUGAUAAACUGUCAUCUGAAAGGAAAUCAGCACGGGUCAAACAUGAAUUCAUGAACAGUGCACGGACAGCAACCAAGUCUGCAAUAUCAAGCCAACAAAAUGGAUUGGCUAGUACUAGCGAGUACCACCCCAAAUUUCAAGUAAACUCUUCCGCAAUAAAUUUACAGAAUAGCAGAUCAUCAACUACUUUCAAAGGGAGAACAUUUUGUUUCUCAAAUUCAUUUUCGCAUGAUCGGAGAGCUCAAGUUGUUGACUGGAUCAGAGAAGGCGGAGGCACUGUAGUAGAUGUCGCACAAUCAACAGUUGUGGAUUUCAUAAUCGAAAGCCAUGGACAGGAUGGCAUGCUCUGCGACUUCUCUCAUUCAACUGCUGUUUCCACUCAUUGGAUACGCUCAUGUUUGGAGGAGGGCUGCUUGCAAGAUGUGGGGAACCAUCCUAUUUUCUCUCCUUUGCGCUGUCGCAUCCCGUUCCCUGGAUUUGAAGAUUGUCGUUUCUGUGUAUCACAAUAUGAAGAGAAAGAUAGACUUCUGCUAAAGAAUUUGUGCUUUAUCCUCGGAAGUAAAUUUACAGAGAAAGCAACAAAGAAAGUGACCCAUCUUAUCUGCAAAUUUGCAAGUGGUCCGAAGUAUGAGGCUUACUAUAGUAGGGGAAUUCCAGUGAUAACAGCAGAGUGGCUCUUUGAGUGUGUAAGACAGGAUAGAAUUGUCUCUUUUGAUCAGUUUCAUCCAAAACCACCUACUUCUCAGGACACAGAUGCUGGUCUGUGCACUGUUAGUCAAUAUCCCACACAGGCAGCAAAGACAGUUUCCAGAUUUGACUGCUCUGAGUCGCUUACUGAAUCUCAAUUACCAAGCAGCAGUUCAAAAUGCAACUCUGCAGGUAAUCCCUCUGUUAAUGAAGAACCAAAUGACCCUGGUGUUAGUAAAAGGAGGCGAUUAUCCCAGUAUGGCAAAGCUAAUGAUACAUCUGGAAAUAUAGAAAGAACUGAGAAACUCCAGGACAAUACCCCUGUUCCGGAUGUUGCAGAUGCCAUAGAGGACCUGCUGGUUCAAUCAUCCAAGAUUCAGGACGUACAACCACCUAGGAGUAUUUUUGCACCUGAUGAUUCUGUUCUUGAUAAGGAUCAGGAAAAUACACACUCUUUUGGCAUUUCAAGGCACUGGUUGAACAUGCCACAGAAGCUACACAGCACCCCUGACACGAAAGUUCAAUGUGUGAAUUUAGCCACCACCUCUGCUGCCACUCCUGCCACUACCUACUACCCUUUCAGUGAAACUCAGACAGAGUCUCAGGUCGUUAGCUACGAAGAGGAUUUGACUGGUAGGCAAAAGAUUAUCGACAGAGUUCGCUCCCAGAGCAUUAAUGUCACUCCGGCAGCUGAAAUGUCUUCCGAUGCUUGAUCUGUCCAUAAAUUUGCAAUGGAAGCAAAAGGUAUUACCAAAUCUACUUGUUCAGCCUUGUUGAAAUUUUUCAGCAAGAGCACAAGAGGGAUGGAAUCUGAUAAUCUGGAGGCUAUUCCAAGGCAGAGAACAUGUGCUGAUGUCUCAAUUCCACAAGAUUCCCAUGGAAUUUCUCUAGGCAAAGAAAGUGCCUGUACCUCAAUAUUUGCAUAUACUAGUAACCCAACCCUUUUGUGCUUCCUUACUAGUUGGCCAAAUGGCAAUGGUCUUAGGGACUGAUAAGACCUGUUUUUGCUGUCCUGGGAUCUUGUAUAUUACCAGGAACUUUAGAUCCGGGUGUAGCAAGGGCUAACGAGACAUUCUCUUUUUGUCGAGUACAAUGGCCCUGGAGUGCCUGUCAUGUGAAAAAGGCAGUACAGAUGUGUCGAUCUGCUUGUGUCUUCAGCUUUUUGGCAGACGAUGCUGAGCUAUUUCAUCUGUGUUUAGCAGCCCAGAAAAACCUAUUUUGUUCUUCUCUCGUAUGAUAUGCAGGGGCAGACCUGAAAGACAAGGAGACUCCAGAAAGAAAGUGCCACAAUUUGUCCUGUUUCGAACUACAAUUUGGCUGCAUUGCAGAAUUCAAUGGAAAAUUUAACACGGGCAAGCAAUAUGUCUGGAAGUAGCACAACGUGGCCGGCUGACCUAUUCUGGUCGACCACACGGGCUACUGACUUGUACUCCUGUAAAGUAGGCAUGGAAUAUAAAGUAGGCAUGGCGUCAGGUUUCAGGCCAUCUCUGGGAUUAAGCAAUGUGUCUGGAAUUUCUGGUUUGUUAAACAAAAUUGAUAUGCGUUUCUUGCUAAUUUGAUUAGGCUGAAGCCAGUUGGAGAUGGUUUCCACGAGAUGGCUUCUGUGGUAUGUCACAUUUUACUUGUUUUGUAGUCUUCCUAUCAUGCUUUGAGACGUGACAAAGUGACAACAUCGCUGUCGGAUGGGAGUGGUAUGUCACAUUUU